UCCUAAGAGAGAGAGAGGGGAACUUACAUUUGUUUAUGUAAAUUACCCGUGUGGCAGAAAAUGGCUGCGAUGAUGUUAUGCACGUGCAGCGGGGACCAAUCCAAAUUUGAAGAGAUGCCACGAUCGCCGGAGUCUCUUGCGACACGGGACUUCUCAGCAAGUGCUUCUUGUUCGAGAACAGGAAACCGAGAAACAACACCCGAUGAUAGCCAAGUGAAUGAAGUGGAAUCAGACUUAAGAGAGACUCUUUCACUAAAUUAUGAGGAGGCCCGAGCAUUGCUAGGUAGACUGGAAUAUCAAAGAGGGAAUUUCGAUGCAGCAUUGCAAGUCCUUCAGGGAAUUGAUAUAAGAAGCCUGAAACCACGAAUGACCACAGCUAUUACUGAAAGUGCCAAGCCUAGAGUUUCUCCACGUUCUUCAAGAAGGAAAACCUCACAAGUGAAUGGAAUGGUAGUGCAUAUGUCAAUGCAUUCUGUAAGCCUACUUCUAGAAGCCAUAUUGCUUAAAGCAAAAUCCUUGGAAAGUCUUGGCAGAGUGACAGAUGCUGCAGAAGAAUGCAGAACCAUCAUAGACAUUGUAGAAUCUGCAUGGCCGAGUGGCGUUCCUGAAGGUACUUCUGAAGAGAGCAAGUUGAUAGAUAUGUUCCACUCGGCUCUAGAAUAUCUUCCUAACCUAUGGAUGAGAAGUGGUUGUUUUGAGGAGGCCAUAAUUGCAUAUCGGAGGGCUCUCGGAAGGCCCUGGAAUUUAGAUUCUCAAAGGUCUGCUAACUUACAGAAGGACUUAGCAGUGACUCUAUUAUACUGUGGUAUUGAAGAGAAGUCAACUCAGGAGUUCAAUCAGCAACAGAACAUGAUAACCCCUGAGAACAAUCUUGAGGAAGCAAUUUCACUACUGUUCGUACUUAUCAGAAAGCUAGCCUUCCAGCAAAUAAAGUGGGAUCCUGACCUCGUAAAUCAUUUGACAUAUGCCUUGUCAUUAUCUGGCCAUUAUGAAGUCUUAGCCAGACAUCUAGAGAUGUUGUUGCCUGGAACCUAUAGCAGAUCAGAAAGAUGGUACAUUCUCGCGCUUUGCUACAGUGCAGCUGGCAUGGAUGAUAGUGCCUUAAACAUCAUAAGGAAUGGUUUCCGUGUGCUACAGAGAAAGGGAAAACCUCAUAUUCCAUCUCUUCUUUUAGGAGCCAAACUAUGUUGUAAGAACCCAAAGCAUGCUUCUGAAGGAAUAGAAUUUGCAAAUAAAGCCAUGAAGUCUUUCACAAGUCAUGACCUACAUUUCAUCAGUGUUGUAAAUCAUUUUCUUGGUGUCUGUUAUGGACCUUUUGCUAGGUCCUCCACCUGUGACUCGGAAAAAAUGAGAUUGCAAGAUGAUGCACUGAGGUUGUUGCAGGAUGCUGCAUCACUAGCGAAGUAUAGUCCUGAAAUACUGUACAGCCUUGCUUGGGAAAAUGCAAUGCAGCGCAAACUGAAUGCAGCUAUUGAAAGUGCGACGGAAUGUCUUGAACUGGUGGCAGGAAGUUCAGUUAGUACCUGGAAGUUGUUGAUUCUAGUGUUGUCUGCACAGCAGAAUUUACAAGAAGCCGAAGCUCUAGCAGAUUUAGCACUAGAUGAGGCCGAGGAAGAGGAGCAAAUGGGUAUUUUGAGGCUAAAAGCACAGAUUCAGGCCUCCCGUGGACAAUUCAAGUCGGCGGUGGAAUCUUUAAGGAGUUUGCUUGCAAUCAUUCAAGCAAAGAAGGAAGUUUGGAAAUCGACCCCAUAUGAUAAGGUUAAAUCACUGCAUAAGUUAGAGAUGGAAGCUUGGUUAGAUUUAGCCUCAAUAUACACAAAGCUUGAAUCAUGGCAUGACUCAAACAUCUGUCUUGACAAAGCCGAAUCCAUCAAUUCCUUCAGUUCAAAGUGCUGGCAUGUCAAAGGCCUUAUAUUGGAGGCUCAGUCCUUGCACCAAGAAGCCCUUGCGGCAUUCUCAUUCUCCCUCUCCAUCAAUCCAGACUAUGUCCCUAGCAUGGUUUGUAUGGCUGGAAUUCUAAGAAAUAUUGGAGGGAAGUCAUUGCCCAUCGCGAGAACUUUCCUGCGCAAUGCCAUCCGCCUAGAGCCAACAAACCAUAAAGCCUGGCUGGGGCUUGGUCUUGUCUCGAAAUCCGAAGGAUUGCUCCUUGAGGCUGCCGACUGCUUCAAGGCCGCCUACGAGCUCCGAGAGUUGUCGCCGAUUCAGGACUUCUCCGAGCAACUUCCCAUCUUGCUGCAAUAGAAACCCAUUGCCUUGCCAGAUAUCAAAAGAGAGAAAAAUCCAUUGCCUUGCGCCCAUGCCAAAUAGCACAGGUUUUUGCUGCAGAGAUUGUGCCUUCUUGUUGCGCCCUUUCUCUGCAACCGGUAAAUUAUGUGAAUGUAGUAUACCAAUUUCUUUAGAUGGACAUCCUAGCCCAUAUUGUCUUAUGGAAGAGAAGCAUAAAUGGUAAAUUAUGUCAAUGUAGGUAUAUCCAUUUCCUUAGCUG